UAGUCGGUCCCGGUGUGAUCGAUUUAAACGAAAUCGAAAUUCCAUCGUGUAUAUUUAGUGUACCACCUGGACAAUGUGGCUCGGGACUAUCACUAUCCUCGUCCUAAUUGUUACCACGAACUCGAAGUUGGUGGAUUUAUCUGGGCGUGGAUUGAAGAAAGAAGACUUUUUCGUGAAUAUUCAAACGCAGAUGAAUCUGCAAGAAAUCACCGAUCUUAUUCUACAGAAGAAUGAAUUCGACAGUUUUCUCGAUUGUUCUACGAACCUCGCGAAUCUGAGAACUCUGGACUUGUCGCAGAAUCAUCUUCAAAGGUUCUUCUUUCUCUGCAAGGACGAGUACAAUUUGCAAGUGUUGAACGUCAGUCACAAUAAGCUUGAAUACAUCGAUGACAAUGCCUUCAACGACCGAAUUCCGAAGCUCAAGAUACUCGAUCUCUCGUGGAAUAGACUAUCGAUUGUUAACGAGACUAUGCUCGAGCAUUUCAAAGUUUUGGAAUACCUUACGUUGGCCAACAAUCCGAUCAACAACGGAAUUCAUGAAAACGCUUUCUGGAACUUGAAGGCGCUGCGAUAUUUGAAUCUGAGCAACGUGUCGUCGUCGUAUUUCUCCUCGGAGUUUUUCAAAACGCUGACCAACUUAUCUACCCUAGAUUUAUCAGAAAAUCCCAUCAGCGUGAUUCCGUUGCUGCCAGCUAAUCUAGAAGAGCUCGACUUAUCCAACACUCACGUGUCACGAUUACGAGGCAUUUCUUUACCCGGGUUGCGAGAAUUGAAACUGAACAGCAUGAAAAAUUUAACAGAAUUGUUACUCAAUGACUUCGAAAACUUGACCAGUCUGGAAACAUUAUCCUUGGACGGAUCAAAGGCACUGACGUUUUUUAAAAUGAGUCCGUUUAACGACCAUAUUUUGCCACGACUGCAACGACUCUCGGUGAGGAACUGCGGACUAAGAACUUUGUCCCAUAGCCUUCUGUCGAUAAUAAAGAGAACGCCGAUUUUGAAUCUGGAGGACAAUCCUUGGCACUGCGACUGCAAAAUGCAGUGGCUAAGUACGUCAAAUGCUACAAAGCUUAUCAGCCGACAAAUCAAAUGCAGAACUCCAAAGCAGCACGCGAACAAACAACUAAACGAGAUACCAAGUUACGAACUCGAAUGCGAAGACGAUGGAUCGAUGUUCCAUCCAAUACUGUGGGCCUCCGUUUUUAUACUAGUCGUGGCAAUUACCAUGGCCGUGGGCUUCUUCCUGCUGAGACGAUCGCUGGGUCGCUGGGACAUCAGGCGGAAGAACCGGGACACGGUCACCUACACGAACGUCGACGAGUCGUCGAACGAUUUGGUGAGAAUUCUGGCGGUCAACGAACGGAACGAGGAGUGAACGAACGAACGCGAAAGAGCAAAAUUUUUAGAAAUGUAUUAGCUUAGAAUAUAAACGAUAGUUUCUCAAUUUGUGGAAACAAACCGAUGGGUUAGGAACUGAGUCUGAAUCGUGCCGAGUUUCGUGCAGACUAACGUGUAGGAUGUUUCAAAAUUAGAAAGUCGAAAUUCCAAUGAUCGAAAAUAUUGUUGAAACCGAGGUGAUCUUUUGCGCAGAAAUAAAUUAAAAGUGUAGGAAAUUUUUGUAACCAAAGAAAAUCGAUUUUGCCGUUGUGGCUGACUGUAAGAUGUACUGUAAUAAUUAAUUGUAAAAUACGUCUGCACAGUUUUAUGUAUAAAAAGAGCAAGAUUAUAUCAGUGACCACUUUAGCUACAUACGCACUAUCAAAUGCAUACGUAUGAAACUUCGCACUUGAUUUAUUUUUGCGCGAAGAAGCAUCUUCUGUCUACUCGUACAAUACCAGAAGUUAAUCUAAUCGGCAAGGGAAGAUAUCAGUUCGGAGGCGUUGAAGUGUGAAUUGUUGACGUUUUGAACUCUCUGCGCAGAUAUCGAUAUCGCGGCGUGAAAGUUCGCGAACUUUCAUCGAUUAACCUGUUAACUUGUUUCUCGUUGCCCGAUGGGAAAUUUCAUCGAUCGUCGAACGAGCGUUCGCGUCGCCAAUUUUGGGACAUCCUGUACGGCUAAUUUUCUAUACACUUUCUACGUACAGCGGCAGACACACGAGCCGGCGGGAUGAAUUAACCAUGUCUUCAUAUAUAAAUAGAUUUAACGAGUAACAUUGUACAGCGGGUGGGCAUCAAUAGGCUUUGUGCCGAGUCGCCACGCGUCGAAACGCGGAAAAACGAGCCGUAAAUACAGGAGGCAGGAGGGCAGCGUAACAGACCGACUCUGGCGCAUCCCUUGAACCUCGAAACACCGUAGCAACCUCGAGUGCUUGAGCAUCGUCUGGAGUGGCACGAUCAACAAUGUGGGACUUCUUUGUGAAUCGAAUAAAACGUCUUUUUUGUCGGCACA